AAAAGCAACAGGGGUCUGCUUGCAAUGUUUUGCAAAUUGCUUUCCUUCCCCACAUUUGCAACCUUCCCGCUUUUUGCAAGGAAAACCAACUUGGAUCCGCUUGUAAUGUUUUGCAAAUUGCUUUCCUUCCCAAAAUUUCCAGCCUUCCCUCUUUUAGCAAGGAAAAGCAACAUUGGAUCCGCUUGCAACGUAGCAGCGCCCUCUGCAGGUCGCUUUGGGAGCAACACUCCCAUCAGCCCUUGCGGCCAGGGGAGGGAUGCUGGGAAUUGUAGUCUGCAAAAGGAGGGAGGCUUUGCUUCCUUGCUCUGCAGACGGACAGGAGACUGGGUGCCUUGUCUCCCUUAGGUGCCAAUGGAAGAAAUUGGGAUUUUCCACUUGGUGCAACAUGAAGCCCAGAGUUUCCUCUGCUUCUGCAGCUGCAACGAAGGCUCAAUCCGGUUCCACGUCACAAAUGCUUGUGAUUCCUGGAGCGGCGACGUUGCUUUGCACGGGGGAAACCUGUCUCUGGACGGGCCAGUUUCUUCCGACAACCGGAUUUCUCGACUCAAAGACGCCUUCGAGAGCCAGACUCCCGCUUUAUCCGUCCGGGAUAGCGAGGCCACCCUGACUUUCCAAGAUGGCCAGGAAAGCUUGACCCUCGACCUGCACAAAGACCCCGCCUCUGAGGCCCGGGAGCGAGUUCGGGAGCUCGUCUUCGGCUUGGCGGUGCGGGUGCGAGAGCUGGAAAAGCGUCUCAGAGAAGGUGCUGUUUCUUCUGCCGCUGCGCCGCUGCUUGGGAGCCCCAGGAAGGACAUCCAAACGGGCCGGAGUCCCUUUGCGCCUGAGCCAAGUUCAGGAAGGCGCCAGGCGGGAUCUGGUGUCGGACAAGCAGCCGGCAAGAGGAAGCUGCCCGGAGAAUCGCUCAUCAAUCCUGGAUUCAUCCGGAAGAAGACUCCGACUGGGGUAGAUUUUGAAGACGCCUGAUUCCCGAAGAGCCGCCAGCUGGUUUUAAUGUGUGUGUGUUUUGUUGUUGUUGUUGCUGCUGCUGCUGCUGCUGCUGCUAUUAUUGCUAGAAGAAGAAGAAGAAGAAGAGUUUGGAUUUGAUAUCCCGCUUUAUCACUACCCGAAGGAGUCUCAAAGCGGCUAACAAUCUCCUUUCCCCUCCUCCCCCACAACAGACACCCUGUGAGGUGGGUGGGGCUGAGAGACUUCAGAGAAGUGUGACUAGCCCAAGGUCACCCAGCAGCUGCAUGUGGAGGAGCGGAGACGCGAACCUGGUUCCCCAGAUUACGAGUCUACCGCUCUUAACCACUACACCACACUGGCUCUCAAAAAUGCUAUUAAUCAUUUUAUUCCUGAUUUUCAAAUAUUUACAUUUCAGUCGUUUUACAACCAU